AAAAUGUGCGCUGCCGGUCAGUUAAAACAAACAAAUGAAUGAAAACAUCAAAGAAAAACUUCUUCUGGAGGUGGAAGAUGACGAUGCCGAUGCAGCGGAUCAGCAUCCCAGUUGCCCGCAUGGUCCCACAGUGCUAUUCUAUCGGCAAAGUGAAACACCUAACGAUGGUUUCUACGCCUGCUCCGCUCAUCGCAAUCCCAAAUUGUGUGAUUUCCGCAUGAACCGAAUUCAGUGGAAGGGCAACAAGUUUAAAAGGUUGUCAGGUGCUGUCGCUUUUCCGAAGGCAAAGUGUCUUGCCAACGAUCCUGAUCCUGAUCCCACGAACCACCUUGAAGCGCUUUCGCAGGAUGAUGUCCAUGCUCAGUACUUUUUUGAUGAGAAAGCUUUGCAUUUCUUUGCGGAUCAGUGUGAAGCAUUAAGGAUUGAUAAAGUGAUAUGCAUGGGCGCGCCACGCCUACACUUUCACCUGCGACGUAUUCAGAAGAUGAAAAGCUUUUUACUUGACUUUGAUGAGAGAUUCGGAAACUACCUAAGUCCGCAGGAAUUCUGCUUAUACAACAUGUGCAAUAAUCACUUUUUCUAUGAUCGCCAACCUUUUGAGUUGUUCCUCAAAUGCCAAAGCAAUGAACGCGUUUUAAUUGUGACGGAUCCGCCAUUUGGAUGUCGAACCGAGCUUAUUGCACAUACGCUUCGAUCUCUGAUGCGUCUGCAUAAUCGCAUCAACGGACUGCCCCUCACUCCGCUGCCCGUAUUCUGGGUAUAUCCUUACUACAUGGCCAACUAUAUAAAGCAGGAUAUGCCGGAGCUUCAAGUCUGCGACUAUAAGCUUAAUUACACCAACCAUAGUCGAUAUACGAAUGUGGGCGCCUCCCGUCGAUCCUAUGGCUCACCAGUGCGGGUCUUUACCAACGUGCCACUUGAUCUGCUGCAGCUGCAGUCAACAGAAGGCUACAAAUACUGCGAAAAGUGUCAGCGGUAUACGGCGGAGGAGAAUGUCCACUGCGAUCGCUGCAACAACUGCUGCUCUCAGAAUGGACAAACCUACAGGCACUGCUCCAACUGUGAUAUGUGCGUUAAACCCAAUUAUGUGCACUGCUCCAACUGCCGACGCUGCAGUCAACGUGAGGGUCAUGUCUGUCAGCUGUAUCAGUCCAAGCAGCACUGCUGGCUGUGUGGUCAACGUGGGCACAUUGAAACCAACUGCGGAGUCUGGUUACAGCUGAAGCGCACAAAUCGAAAGAAGAACCGGACACUUGGCUGCCUUAUUUGUGGCCAAAAUCACAGUGAGCGCAAGUGCAAACUUCGCAGCAGAUACUUCAAGGAGUCGCAGUUCAUGGGACAAACCUCGAUAGCAGUGCGUAAACAUUAACUAUCAACUAAUUCAAAUUUGUUUAAAAUACACGAUUUACAUUUUUACACAUUUUUUAAUACCAAA